AUGGCACCGCCCAGGGGGAGAGCGAAGGGCGACACGGCGGUAUUCUUCGCGGCGACGCUGGUGCUGUGGGGCGUGUCGGUGGCCUUCGAGAUGACCUUCAACAGGAAGUCCGAGCUCGCGCCCGUCGUCGCCGGCUUCUUCUUCUUCCAGGCUGCCAACUGGGCCGUCCGCUUCUCCCUCUCCCGUGACCCGCUCUUCGUCAACACGGCCGUCUCCCUCCUCCACUCUACCGUCACCACCACCUCCGUUGUCUUGAUUCUGAUCAAUCAGUGGAUGAUUAAGGGACUAGGCAAUAUGUUUGAACAUGAGCAGCUGUUUGGUGGCACAUGGCUUGGUGCAUAUUCGGCAUUGUGUUUUUCUUGUGGUUACUUUGCAUAUGACCAAUUGGACAUGCUCCGGUAUCACCUCUAUAGUGGUUGGAUUCCUGGCAUCCUUGUUCACCAUUUGAUUCUGCUGGUUUGCUUUACAUUGGCUCUCUAUCGGAAUGUUACAAUCAACUAUCUCAUACUUUCUCUUAUCUGUGAGUUCCAUUCGAUCUUUCUACACAUGAGAAAAGUGAGGAGGAUGGCUGGGUUCCGUGAUGCGAAAAGCAGAGUGGUGAAAGUAGAGUGGGUGCUCAAUUGGACCACCUUCUUUGUUACAAGACUCGGAUGUCACGUGCUCAUCACAUACAAGCUAAUCUCCGAUGCACCCAAGUUUGGGAGGGGUAUCGAGUUGCCACUGGCUCUGUUUGGAAUGGCUGGCAUGAAUCUGCUCAACAUUAUUCUUGGCCGUGAUCUCUACGGAGCAUAUAAACGAGAAAAAAUUCAGCAAAGACGUCAGGAAUGAUGGUUUUGUUCUUGUGAUAAUUGAUUUAAGCAUUGUGUUGCACUGGAGAUAUGUGCUUAUUGAGUUUAUACUCUUUUUGCACCUUGCCCAGUAUGAUUCAUUUGCAUCCUUGUUCUCACAUAUGCAAACUAAAUCUUUCUUUGUAUGCACAGUAAUUUUAUACAUGGAAAAAAAUCACUUAUAGUGCCA